UUAUUCUUCGAUGUUUGGAGCAUAUGGAGUCAAAAGAUUUGGGCAGGCCUGUUGCCUUCCUUGCUAAAAUGAUAAACUAUCGCCCUCUUGCAGUUCAACUUGUGAGUAAAGGCCUGUUGGAUCCUAAUCGGUGGAGAAGGUUGCUUGAUUAUUCAAGCCCGAAAGAAGUCACACUAGAUGCUCUUAUGAUUAUUUCAGAUUUAGCUCGAAUGGACAAGGGAUUCUAUGAAUUCAUCAACAGGGCUUCUAUUUUGGAGCAUUUGAAGGAAUUUCUUGUCCAUGAAGAUCCCAACAUACGUGCAAAAGCCUGUAAUGCUCUAGGCAACAUGUGUCGAUAUAGCUCCUACUUUUAUAGUACACUGGCAAGAUGUCAAAUCAUUGGCCUUCUAAUCGACCGAUGUUCUGAUCCAGAUAAACGCACACGAAAAUUUGCAUGCUUCGCUAUUGGAAAUGCUGCUUACCAUAAUGACACAUUGUACGGAGAGCUCAGAAGAUCUAUACCUCAGCUUGGGAAUUUGUUGCUUUCAGCGGAAGAAGACAAGACCAAAUUAAAUGCUGCUGGUGCAUUAAGCAAUCUUAUUCGCAACUCCAACGAGCUUUGUCAAGACAUUGUAUCCAAAGGAGCCCUGCAGGCUUUACUGAAGUUGGUGGCUGACUGUUCAGCAGUAGCUCUGAAUCCAAGUAAGAAAGAUGCCUUAAACGAGUCACCUCUUAAGAUAGCUCUGUUUUCAUUGGUGAAGAUGUGUUCGCACACACCAUGUAGACAGUUCCUUUGUUCGUCAGAGUUGUUCCCGGUCAUUGGCCGGCUUCAGCAAUCCCCAUAA